AAAAUGCGUGAAAUCGUACAUAUGCAAGCUGGUCAGUGUGGCAACCAGAUCGGUGCCAAGUUCUGGGAAGUGAUCUCAGAUGAACACGGCAUAGACCCCACCGGCACAUACCAUGGAGACUCCGACUUGCAGUUGGAGAGAAUCAACGUGUACUACAAUGAGGCUACAGGUGGCAAAUAUGUACCAAGAGCCGUACUCGUUGACUUGGAGCCAGGCACGAUGGACUCUGUCCGAUCUGGACCAUUCGGACAGAUUUUUAGACCAGACAACUUCGUUUUCGGACAGAGUGGAGCUGGUAACAACUGGGCAAAGGGUCACUACACAGAGGGUGCUGAGCUUGUUGACUCUGUUCUUGAUGUAGUACGCAAGGAGGCAGAGAGCUGUGAUUGCUUACAAGGUUUCCAACUUACACAUUCCCUCGGUGGCGGCACUGGCUCAGGCAUGGGAACACUCCUCAUUAGCAAGAUCCGUGAAGAGUACCCAGACCGCAUCAUGAACACAUUCAGUGUUGUACCAUCACCCAAAGUAUCUGACACUGUUGUAGAGCCGUACAAUGCCACACUCUCUGUCCAUCAGCUUGUAGAAAACACAGAUGAGACCUACUGCAUCGACAACGAGGCACUGUAUGACAUUUGCUUCCGUACUCUGAAGCUGACCACCCCAACAUACGGUGAUCUCAACCAUCUUGUGUCUGCUACCAUGAGUGGUGUUACCACUUGCCUCAGGUUCCCUGGCCAGCUCAAUGCUGAUCUUCGCAAGUUGGCUGUCAACAUGGUCCCCUUCCCCCGUCUCCACUUUUUCAUGCCUGGCUUUGCUCCUUUGACCAGCAGAGGCAGCCAACAAUACCGUGCCUUAACUGUUCCAGAGUUAACCCAACAGAUGUUUGAUGCCAAAAAUAUGAUGGCUGCAUGCGAUCCUCGUCACGGUCGCUACCUCACAGUAGCUGCUAUCUUCCGUGGUCGCAUGUCCAUGAAGGAGGUUGAUGAGCAGAUGCUGAAUGUCCAGAACAAGAACAGCAGCUAUUUUGUAGAAUGGAUCCCAAACAAUGUGAAGACCGCCGUCUGUGACAUCCCACCACGUGGUCUUAAGAUGUCCGUCACCUUUAUCGGCAACAGCACUGCCAUCCAGGAGCUGUUCAAGCGCAUCUCUGAGCAGUUCACCGCUAUGUUCAGGCGUAAGGCUUUCUUGCAUUGGUACACUGGUGAGGGUAUGGAUGAAAUGGAGUUCACUGAGGCUGAGAGCAACAUGAACGACUUGGUGUCUGAGUACCAGCAGUACCAGGAUGCAACAGCCGAGGAGGAAGGCGAAUUUGACGAGGAGGAGGAAGAAGGGGAUGCUGAGGCAUAAACCUUACUCAAUAAUAACAUUUAAAUGGCAAGGG